AUGAGUAAGGCCCUGGAUCGCAUCUCCCAGUCGCCGUUUACCCGUAGAAUAGAGAGGGCAAUGCUUCCUCGGUGGUUUCAUCAACCAACGUUCGCCAUAUACAAUGGUCGGUCCGACCCAGUGGAGCAUGUGAGCCAAUUCAAUCAAAGAAUGGCUGUCCACACCAGGGAUGAGGCGUUAAUGUGUAGGAUAUUCCCAUCUAGUUUGGGACCCAUGGCGAUGAGAUGGUUUGAUUCCCUCCAGCCAAAUUCCAUAGAUUCCUUUAAACAGCUGACGCAGGCUUUUGGUUCACGUUUCAUCACCAGCACUAGAGUCCCUCGGCCCCUCGAUUCCCUCCUAUCCCUAUCCAUGCGGGAAGGAGAGACGCUGAAGGCCUACUCGGAUAGAUACUGGGAAACAUAUUACGAGAUCGAAGGGAAAAAUGAGGAUGUCGCCAUCAGCGCGUUCAAAAGGGGCUUACCGACAGAACAUGGCUUAAGAAAGUCCCUCACUGGAAAGCCAGUCACCAGUGUGUGCCAGCUUAUGGACCGAAUUGACAAGUAUAAAAGGGUCGAGGAGGACCAGCAAAUGGGGAAGGGAAAAGCGAAGGUCGUCCCUCAGGAGAGGAGGGACUUCAGGUCGGAACGGUUUAACAACAGUAACAGGCCGAGAAGGGACUAUGUAGAAUAA